AUGAACCGGCAGUCAGCAUUCAUACAACUGCCAUCGGCACCGAUGCAGACAAUUUAUAAAACAACUCAGCAAGUCGUCCAAUCAAACAUUCCGCUUUUCAUUACUGGCGAAACCGGUGUCGGUAAGGAAGGCAUCGCAAGAUAUAUUCAUGAAACCAGUCCUCGACGCGAUAAACCUUUCAUUGCCAUCAACUGCGGACGAUUCUCCGCUGAACUCUUGCAAAGUGAACUUUUCGGACAUGAAGCAGGAGCGUUCACGAGCGCAAUCCGGCAGCGACACGGGGCGUUUGAAAUGGCAAACAGGGGCAUCCUCUUUCUCGAUGAAGUCCCAGAAAUGUCUUUGGACGCACAGAAAAUGCUACUCCGCGUCCUGGAUACAGCUACAUUCACACGCCUCGGUGGAAAUGAACAGUUGACAGUGGAUGUCCAUAUCAUCGCCGCAACGAACCGAGACAUUGAGAAAGCCGUUGCGGAAAAGGAGUUCCGAGAGGAUCUCUACUACCGUCUCAAGGGGAUGAUGUUUCACCUGCCACCGCUACGCGAGCGUCCAGAGGACAUCGCGCCUUUAGUCACAACCUUUAUGAGUGAGUUCCGUGCCGAAUACGGAAAGAGUAUCACUGGGAUGACUCCAGAGGCACUCACUCGUCUUGAGCAGGCGGCGUGGCCCGGGAAUAUCCGUCAGUUGCGGAGCACCAUUCAAGCGGCUGUCGCACUCGCAACAACUGACAGACUUGAACCCAAAGAUUUCCCGGAUAUCUAUCCAGAGUUCAUCAAAACUCUUAUCUCUAUAUGGCAGACACUUCCGCCGGAGACACAAAACGCAAUAUGGGAAACACUUCACCGGGAGACACAACACACAAUGAUGCGUGAACUCUCGAUGCAGUCCUCGGCAUCUUGGAGCGGUUUGCCAGUUUCAAGCCCAUCCGGGAUGAGCGAAAAAGGGGAGUUUCUCAACAUAAGAGAUAUGAACCAGCAUGAGAUUCUAAGUGCAGUCGCCCGAAAGCGUGUAGAGCAAUACGCCUCGCUUCGUGAGGCAGCUGAAUCGUUAGAUAUUGACAUCCGAACGCUUCAGAGAUACGCACGAUCGGAAGCGUCAGACAGCUGA